UUCACUAUCAAUGCUCCGCCCACCCGGUGCGCUCUCAUAAAAAAAACGAGCGUUCCCGGUAGAGGAGCAGCUGUUUUGGUCUGUUUGAGCAGAAGCUCUUAGUUUAACGCGCAGAAGAUUCUGUAUUUCUCCGUGAGAAGGGUCUGUCCUCACUGUUGUCUGCCUCACAGGAACAAUGAUGAACUUCUGCGGUCUGCUCACUGAAAAGAAGGAACCAGUUCCUCUGAAGAGCAUUGAUGCUCAGCUGGAGGUGAAGGACCACGUAGCUACUCUGGUCUCCACUCUGAACUAUGAGAACAAGGAGGACAAACCUCUAGAGGCUGUGUUUGUCUUCCCUCUGCCUGGAGAUGCUGCUGUGUGUCAUUUCAGUGCUCAGAUUGGAAAAACACACAUUGUAGCUGAGGUGAAGGAGAAACAGCAGGCUCAGGAGGAGUAUGAUGACGCUCUGAGCUCCGGUCAGCAGGCCUUCCUGUUGGAGGAGAGUGAGCAGAGUCCAGAUAUCUUCUCUCUGAAGGUGGGCAGGCUGCCUCCAGGAGAGAGCGCCUCCAUCAGGCUGGAGUACGUCACUGAGCUGGCUGUGCAGGCUGAUGAUGGGCUGAGGUUCUGUCUGCCUGCUGUGCUCAACCCUCGGUACCAACCCCAGGGUAGUGAAAGUUCCAGUGUCCAGGUGACCUCAGUUCCAGCCUCUCUGGUGCCCUACAGUCUGUCCUUUUCCGCCCAAGUGUCCUCUCCUCGUCCAAUCUCUAAAAUAGAGUCCAGUUGCUCUCUGGAGCCUCUUCAGUAUCUCAACGCUGAUCAAACUAAGGCCACGGUUAAAUUGGGUGGAGGACACAAGUUUGACAGAGACAUUGAGCUACUGAUUUAUUACAAAGACGCCCACCAGCCCUCUGCUGUGGUGGAGGCAGGACAGGCCUCUGCCAAACCUGGCUCUCUGAUGGGUGACCCAGUGGUGAUGGUUAGUCUUUACCCUGAGUUCCCCCAAUCAGUGAUGUCCUCACUCGCCACCUGUGGAGAGUUUGUGUUCUUGAUGGAUCGAUCAGGAAGUAUGGGCUGCUCCAUGAACAACAGCACACCGCAAGAAACUCGCAUUAGCAGUGCACGGGAUACUCUGCUGCUCCUGUUGAAGAGUUUACCAAUGGGCUGCUACUUCAACAUUUAUAGUUUUGGUUCCUCCUUUGAGCACAUCUUCCCUAAGAGCGUGGAGUACAGUGAGAAGACCAUGAAGGAGGCUCUAGAAGAGGUUGAAAAGAUGGAGUCUAAUCUUGGAGGAACAGAGAUUCUUCAGCCUCUUAAACACAUUUACAGCCAAGCCUGCAUUCCCAAACAUCCUCGACAGUUGUUUGUCUUCACUGACGGAGAGGUGGGGAACACCAAAGAAGUUACUGAUCUUGUUAAGAAGAAUGCAGACUCCCACAGGUGUUUCUCUUUUGGGAUUGGAGAAGGAGCCAGCUCUGCUCUCAUCAACGGGAUGGCCAAAGACGGCGGAGGUCACGCUCAGUUCAUCACUGGGGCUGACAGGAUGCAACCAAAAGUGAUGCAGUCACUCAGGUUUGCACUGCAGCCAGCUGUGGAGGACAUUUCCGUCUCUUGGGAUUUACCAAAGGGAGUGUCCGCCACCGUUCUCUCUCAACCCAUUACAGCAAUAUUUCAGGGUCAGAGAUCGCUGAUUUAUGCUCAGCUUACAGGACCGAGUUCAGAGGAAGCAGAUGGCAGUGUGACAGUGAAGUACAGCCUGGCAGGUCAUCCCUCUCAGAACCAGCUGCACUUCAACCUCAAACCUGCAGAGGACUCUGGAUUAACAGUCCACAGGCUGGCUGCUCGCACUGUGAUUCGCUCUAUGGAGUCAGAGGAGAGGACACGAAGAAGACACCAGGGUGAAAAAAUGAAGAAGAAGGUGGUGGAGCUCAGCAUCCAAUCAGGAGUAAGCAGUUGUUUCACUGCCUUCAUUGCUGUCAACAAAGACAGCGGCCAGGCAGUUCAAGGACCGCUGGUGCGCAGAAAUGUCCCAACAGUAAUGGCGAAUUUGGGUUUAGCUCCACAAAGAGCUCAUACGUCUCUUCGAUCUCGACUUAACAAUUAUAUGCCUUCUCUAUUUCGACGUGACAAUUAUACGUCUGUUCAAUCUCAACCUGACUAUUGUAAGUAAAACAACAACAUUAAGUAACUUGUCUGAAAAACCCUCAAUAAGAGAUUAUCAUUAUUCUACUGUUUCCUGUUGUCUUCUUUUCUUUUCUGCUACUAAUAACAGAAACCUGUUAUGUGACUCAUGUGACGCAAAAAAGUAUUUCCAUUGCAGUUUUGCGAAAUACAUCUAUUUCAAUGCGACCAAAAAACGUGUCGAAAAAUGUUUUUUUUUUCUCCAAAUUGAUGUGUUUCCAUGAAGUAAAUGUAUCUCUGUAAUUUCAGUUAGCGCAUCUCUAUGCUUGUGAGAAGAGACCCACCAAUACACAUUUACGAAGGUUUACAUUUUAUCUGUUGAAAAUAAAUCACAUUUUCUCUGGAUUUAAACCGCAAU